AUGGACCAACAUGCCACCGACAGCAAAGCACCUUUCCACACCAGCCUUAUCGAUUGCGGCAUAGAAGAGGCCAUCUCAACGUCGGACCUGGCCCGUGUGCUCUCUGAGAAACCGUUUGUGUCUGCCCCUGGGGGCUUCAAUAUCAGGGAUCUUGCACAUAUGCCCCAUGUCAGGCCCACCUUGAUCUACCGGUCCGGCACACUGUCGGGUCUCACACCAGAAGGCAAAGACGUUCUCAUCAACAACCUUCGUAUUCGAACCGUCUUCGACCUCCGCUCGGCUCGGGAACGACAAGUCUUUCCCUUUCCAGACUUGACGAGCGAGAACAGUGCCAUCGAAGUACAAUGGUGUCCCUUCGACACUCCUCCAGCUGACACGGAUAUCAAACACUUUGCCGACCUCGAAUCCGAAGGCCCCGACUCCUGGGAAGGCGGCGCACGGGGCUUUAGCAAGGAUUACCUCGAAAUCCUUCAGAUCUACAAAUCCGCUUUCCAGAAAGUCUUCCAACACCUUCUCGAUCGCCCUGGCCAAGCGAUCCUGUUCAAUUGCACGGCAGGCAAAGACCGCACGGGGACGCUGGCAGCGCUGAUUCUGUCCCUUGCUGGCGUGCCGGACAACCAGAUUGCAUUCGACUACGCACUCACCAGGGUGGGCAUUGAACCACAGAAGGCAUUCCUCACGUCUUUCAUCAAGAAGUGGAAGCCCGAAUGGACGCCGGAAACGCCUGGCAUGAGAGGCUUCACUAACGUCAGGGCAGAGUACAUGCUCAAGUUUCUGCAGGACGCGAAAGCCGUGUAUGCCGGCGACGAGAGUAGCUCAUCAUGGGCCGCUGAGUAUGUUCAUACCCAUCUGGAUUUCAGCAAGGAUGACAUUGGUACUAUUCGUGCGAACCUGAGGCCCGGAUCAUGA